UGGAAUCUUGGGUAGAGUUGUAAUGUAAUGCAACAUCAAAAGUCUCAUUUGUCAACACACGGCGAAGUGGGAUAGUAUCCGUUGAUUAUACAUCGCACGGCUGAGAGUGAUGCUAAUUGCAGAUGAAAGUCGGCGUCAUCAUAAUCUUCUUCUUACAAGAUCAACUUGGUUGUAAGAGUCCAACUUUCUUCUUCUUCUUCUUUCUUCUUCGUUGCUGAGAUCGGAAAACCCGCUUAAGCUGCUUUUGUCGUUUCCUGAGCUAGGGUUCGAUUCGUAGUACUCAAUUUCAACUAGCUGCAGUACAGGGGAGGGAUGGAAAACAAUAGGGUUGGUGGAGGUUAUUUCGGUAAUCCAGUUGGUGAAUCUGAGGGUUCAUCGGGACAAAUAGACACUGAAAUUACUGUUUCCGAAGACUCCACUGGCCCCUCAAAGAAGUCUAUCAGUUUGAAUUCAAUUCGCCACCGCCACCGCCGCGGUGCGUUUGGUGCUCCUAUACAACUUCUUCCUUUGUCAAAAUUAUCACCUAUUGAAAGACGAGGUCUGAAGCAACGGUUGAGAUCUGAGAUUGAACAGGUUCGUCAACUUCAGAAGAGAAUUGAACUGCAGAGAUCCAAUGGUGUCACAUUGUCAUCCUCUAGUGAUAUUCUGAGUUGUAGCGGUGGAGGAGGCGGGGGCGGAGGAAAUAAUGGAAAUCCAGUGGGAGACUCUAGGAAAAAAUCCGUGUCUAGUUCUUUACCUGGUAGUAAAUCCAAACUUUCUGGGAAGAUUAAUAAGGCUCGCGGAUGGAAUCGGGGCACUUCUGGAAAGUUUGAGGCUCCGGUACAGACUCGUUCGCCUACCAUGGCAAAUUCUUUGUUGAUGAAAGAUUGUGAGUCACUUUUGACACGGUUGAUGACUCACCAGUAUGGUUGGGUUUUCAACACCCCUGUGGAUGUAGUCAAGUUGAACCUUCCUGAUUAUUUCACUAUCAUUAAGGAACCUAUGGAUUUGGGAACAAUAAAAAGCAAGAUCGAUGCCAGAGCGUACUCUGACCCAUUGGAAUUUGCUGGUGACGUGAGGCUUACGUUUUCGAAUGCAAUGACCUAUAAUCCACCGGGGAAUGAUGUAUAUAUCAUGGCCGAUACCCUCCGUAAAUUUUUUGAAGUGAGAUGGAAAACAAUAGAGAAGAAACUGCCCAGAAGUGAUGCUUUGCCGUUACAUACAAAGUCAAACCCUCGUCAAGAUGUGAAAACUAAUAGACCAAAGCCUCCUUCCAAGAAGAGGAAAAUUGUCUCACUUCCCCCUCAACCUCAAGUUAUCACACCUUCUAUGCCGGGUAUGUCGGAUCAAGAUAAGCACAAUCUAGGUCGACAAUUGGAAUCUUUGCUCGGGGAAAUACCUGUUCAUAUUAUUGAUUUCUUGAAAGAACAUAGUUCAAAUGGAAGAGAAUGUGGAGAAGAUGAGAUUGAGAUUGAUAUUGAUGUUCUCAAUGAUGAUACAUUGUUCACGUUACGAAAGCUUUUGGAUGACUUUUUGCAAGAGAAGCAAAAGAACCAAGAAAAUGUUGAAGAGUGUGUAAUUGAGGUGUUGAAUGAUUCUGGACCUAGCAAUUCCUCAUUGCAACCAUUUAAAGGUAAUGAUCUGGCUGAUGAAGUGGACAUAGGUGGGAAUGAGCCCCCUGUUUCAAGCUAUCCUCAUGGGAAGGUUGAAAAGGACAUUGUUGGAAAUGAACCCCCUGUUUCAAGCGAUCCUAAUGUGAAGGUCGAAAACGACAUUUCUGUAAAUGAUCCUCCUGUUUCAAGCAAUCCUAAUGUGAAGGUCGAAAACGACAUUUCUGUAAAUGAUCCUCCUGUUUCAAGCGAUCCUGAUGUGAAGGUUGAAAAGGACGCUGGUGGAAGUGUGCCCCCUGUUUUAAACAAUCCUGACGUGAAGGUUGAAAAGGAUGCAACUUGCAGAACGAACAAUUGUCCGAGUCCAGACCACUCCAAAGAUCCGGACUCUAGUAGUUCUUCUGAUAGUGAAACUGAUGAUGUUAAAGCAAGUCCAAUAAAUGGAGCAAAGGUACCAGAAAUUAUGGGCUCCAAAGCUCAGUUAGAAGAGAAGAUCAGGGCUGCUGAUACUCUUGAAAGAAAUCAAUCUGUCAGUGGCUUAGAUCAGGUUGAGGAUAAUUCUCAGGAUAAACGAAAUUCUUUUGACUCUGAUUGCCAGCAAGACGGGGACAGUGGUCCAAGUGAGAGGCAGGUCUCCCCUGAUAAACUUUAUCGAGUCGCUAUAUUGAAGAAUCGAUUUGUUGAUACUAUCCUGAAAGCUCGAGAAAAGACACUCGCACAAGGAGAAAAUGGAGAUCCUGAGAAAUUGCGCCUGGAAAGGGAGAAACUGGAGAUGGAGCAAAGGAAAGAAAAGGCAAGGCUACAAGCAGAAGCAAAGGCUGCUGAAGAUGCUCGAAAGCAGGCAGACGCAGAAGCUGCUGCAGAAGCCGCUGCAGAAGCCAGACGAAAGAGAGACCUAGAGAGAGAAGCUGCACGACAAGCAUUGACACAGAUGGAAAAGACUGUUGAAAUAAAUGAGAAUUCCCGUUUUCUGGAAGAUUUGGAAAGGCUUAGAGCUGUACCUGCUGAGCAAUUACCAAUUUCUGUAGAUGAGACAAGUCCUGAUCACUCUGAGGAUGGCUUGGGUAGUUUCAAGUUUGGUAAUAGUAAUCCCUUGGAACAAUUAGGGUUAUAUAUGAAAGUUGACGAUGAAGAUGAGGAGGGAGAGCCACAUUCAGUUCCAAAUCCUGUAAAUGAUGUAGAAGAGGGAGAGAUUGAUUAAGUUAUGCACAUUUUGGAUCAUGAAAAGGAGAAAAGUAUAGUCAUCUCCACGCCACGAAAAUAUCUCAGUCUAUUACUUCCUGUGAUCCAUUAAUCCAUUGUAAAUGGGACAAAGGGUGGCGUUCAGUUCUCGGCUGUCUUGUAAUUUGGGGAACAGUUCUUGGCCGUUUUCAAUUUGUAGUGGUAUGAUUUUCACGUCCCUUCAUAGUUAAGUUGUACAAAAGAUAGGUGGUGUUGUCACUAAAGAUGUAUCUUUGUGAUUACUAAGUGUUGUAUGUGUUUGGUUCUUUCGGUAUAUGCUAGGAUUUUAGUUUAAGUUUUAAACCGGUUUCAUUAUCAGGACACUGGACAUUGUAUGUAGUGUAUAUUAUACUUCAAAACAGUUAACAAGUAAUAUUCAUUUGCUAUUUA